CGGACAUUGUUGAAGAUACUGUAUACUUAUUAUGUAUAAUAAAUUUUACUACCUUAUUUAAUCUCAAACAAGUGCUUAUAUUAUUGGGAAAAUGAUAACAAAUCUUUUACAACAAUGCCAUAAUUACGCAACUACUUAUAACAGUAUUAUUAUUGCAUUAUUGCAAGUCGUCCAAUGAAAACAAAUUUUUCUCACUCUGUAUCACGUCGGCUAUUAGAUAUAGAUAGCUAGUACAAAUAUUGCGAUAACAAAGGUUAAACGUAUUAACUACUUAACCUAACUUUCUCUUUUCUCGGGCAUUUGUUUAUCAAUCCAACGAGAGUGCGAUAUUUGAAUUAAAGUAAUCAUGGACGCUCCUAUGAAUUCGAAUUCGAUUUCAUUAACCAGAUUUUUUCUGGCGGAACAGAAAAAAGCGCCGAAAGCCACUGGGGAAUUGACUCAACUCUUGGCGUCUAUUCAAACAGCUGUGAAAACGAUUAGUAGCGCUGUUCGAAGAGCUGGUAUUAUACAACUUUUUGGUACAGCCGGCAAUACAAAUGUGCAAGGCGAAGAAGUCAAAAAAUUGGACGUAUUGGCUAAUGAGCUAUUUAUUAAUUUGCUCAAGUCAUCAUAUACGGUUGCCAUAUUAAUUUCAGAAGAAAAUGAAACUGUUAUAGAGGUAGAGACCGAACAACAAGGAAAAUACGUUGUAGCCUUUGACCCUCUCGAUGGUUCAUCUAACAUUGAUUGUCUAGUAUCUAUCGGUUCAAUUUUCGCCAUAUUUAAAAAAUCUGACAAUUCUAUACCGAAAAUAAAUGAACCUUUAUUGUCUGGACAUAAUGUGGUAGCAGCAGGUUAUGCCCUCUACGGCAGUGCUACUAUGAUGGUACUGUCCACAGGAAAUGGUGUUCAUGGAUUCAUGCUGGAUCCCACCAUCGGGGAAUUUAUCUUAACAGACUACAACAUGAAGAUUCCAAGUAAAGGCAAUAUAUAUUCUAUAAAUGAAGGUUAUACACAUCAGUGGGAUGGCGCUAUUCUAGAAUAUGUUCAGAAUAAAAAGGACCCUAGUAAAGGAAAGCCUUAUAAUGCAAGAUAUGUUGGUUCUAUGGUGGCUGAUGUUCAUAGGACUAUUAAAUAUGGUGGUAUUUUUGUUUAUCCUGCAACUACGUCUUCUCCAAGAGGAAAGCUGCGUCUUCUAUAUGAAUGUAUCCCAAUGGCUUACAUAGUUUCCCAAGCAGGUGGAUCAGCAAGUAAUGGUAAAAUCCCAAUUUUAGAUAUCCAACCGUCAAAUAUUCAUGAAAGAUCUCCAAUUUUCCUUGGAUCUACUGAUGACGUUAAUGAAAUUCUGGAUAUUAUAAAAAAACACGAGAAAAAAGGGUGA